AACAUUUAAGACGUCGUGGCGGCAAAAUAACCACGGAAAAUAACAAAAUGAUGUCAAUACUUACGUAUUUAUUUAUUUUCUUUUAACUUUCUAGUUUUUCUAAUAAUUAAUAAGCAAAAGUCCUACAACAAUAUAAUCUUGAAGUGUGUUUUUACAAUUCAUUUUAUCCUCGAAUUACGUAUAAUGGUUUAAAUGGCUACAGCAAAUCAAGAAGUUCUGAAAGAAUAUUGCAAUUCCAUAUCCAGACUUAGAAAACAAUGUCUAGAUGAAGGCAUGACAGAAAAAGAAUUCCAAGAACUUUAUUUUCAGUCUCUGAAAUCAAUCAAUAUGGAUAAUGGCUCUUCAAUCCAUCGACGAAGUAGAAUCAUUAAUACACGUAUCUUCUUGCUGAUAGGAAUACUUACUACGGUCUCUGUUAUGUACAACUAUAAAAUAAUAUAUACUGGAAUAGUAUGCAAUUUACAGGAAUAUAUUUACCCUGGUCUGAGACUGUUGAGACGGUUGUCAAUUCCUAUUAUAUCCCUAUUCCCAUCUCUAACAGAAUUUUACCAUGAAACAUGUCUGAUACAGAAUCCAUUUUUCACUGUGGUGGAUAUGGACUGUUGGCCUUGCAGCUCAGUAAAUACUGUGAGGGAAGUCCAAAGUCCUAAGCCUGUCAGUCGCCAACAUAAUGCACCAUUUACAUACCAGACAGAUCAAAAGUCCAUGGAGGUAAUUACUCUCAGGAAAUUUUACGAAAAGAAUAGAAAUAUUGUAGAUAACGAACAACCAAAAAUACUGACUAAUAAUAAGCACUAUGAAACUCCAGAUGAAAUGUUCACUCAUCUAGAGAAUGGUGAGAAGAAUUUAUAUAUCUGGAAGUUCAAUACUAUGAACACUGCAAGAGCUUUGAGGCAGGUGAUUCCUAGACCAAAAGUUGUUCCAAAAUUUGGUCAGAGUACAGAGAGAUUUAUUAUAGUAGACUCCAGCCAAGACUCAUUCAAAAUACCUGACACUGAAUGUAGCUUCUCCUUUUUGCUGAUACUAAGUGGGAGUAGAACAAUCAACUUGGUACCAGCUGAGGAAUGCAAGCAUCAAUGUAAGACACUGAAAGUGGAUUUAAAGGAAUCUUAUUUAUUAUGGUACAAUUGGUGGUAUUGGAGACCAGUAGUCCAGCCUUCAAAUGGAAAUGUUACCAUGGUGGCACACAUUGGCUCAUAUUGUUAGUACCGGAGAUGAAAACGACACUUGGAAUGUACAAAACACCAAUUUAUU